GGCAAGCCACGACAACAGGACCAAGAAACUUGAGCAGCAUGAGCGUGAUGGAUAAGACGCCGCGCGUUGCUGAGGAGACCGCCAAGUACCCGCGUGACGAACGUCUGGGAUUGCGCGAGCUACGCUACGGCACAGCUGGCUUCCGCGAGGAUGCGAGCCUGCUAGUGUCCACGUGCCACCGCAUGGGAAUGCUGGCGGUUUUGCGCUCCAAGAGUGUGGGAAAAAUUGUGGGUGUGAUGAUCACGGCGUCACACAACCCGGCAGGUGACAACGGACUCAAGAUCAUUGACCCCAAGGGCGACAUGCUGAGCCAGAGGUGGGAGAAAUACGGCAUGCAGCUGGCCAAUGCGGCUCAGGACAAGGUCGUGGAAGUGCUGGACGCCGUCGUGGCCGCUGAGAAGAUCGAUUUGGACCACACAGGCAACGUCUUUAUCGCCAAGGACACUCGCCCCUCCAGCGAGCACCUGGCCGAACUCGCGCGUGAGGGAGCGCUCGUGAUCGGAGGUAAUGUCUUGGACUUUGGACUGCAGACGACGCCGCAGCUGCACCAUCUGGUUCGCAUGUGGAACUAUGAGCACUACAACAAGGGUGACUGGGCGUCCGAGGUGGGCUACUACAACAUGCUCAGCGACGCCUUCAAGCAGCUCACGGCCACGCAUGACUCCAAACGCCUGGAUACGCGCUCGCCGCUUUACGUGGACUGUGCGCACGGCGUCGGCGCGUUGCAACUGGCCAAGUUGGCCAAGGAUCUGGGUGAUUCGCUUCGUCUCGAGAUCGUUAACAUACCUAGCGACGGUGAGCUGAACCUUCAAUGCGGUGCUGAGCACGUGGAAAAGUCUCGCCAGCCGCCCACGAACGUGACCCGUGAGAGCGACCGCGGUAAGCGCUACUGCAGUAUGGAUGGCGAUGGCGACCGUGUCGUCUUCCACUAUUUCGAUGAUGAAGGCACGUGGCAUUUGCUGGACGGCAACAAGAUUGCCUGCCUGUUCGCCGAGUUCCUGUCCGACAAGUUGCACGCGCUGGAGCUGGACCAAGAAGGCGUGACGUUUGGCUGUGUGAUGACUGCGUACGCCAACGGCGCUGCCACUCAGUACCUGCAGGCGAUAGGCAUCCGUGUGGAGCAGGCGAAGACUGGCGUUAAAUACUGUCAUGAGAAAGCGACGCAGUUCGACAUGGCCGUGUACUUUGAGGCCAACGGCCACGGCACGGUUGUCUUCAAGGACGCGCUGAUGGACAAGCUACACAAGUGGGAGAACACGCUGCACGACGAGCGCAAGAAGUUGGCCUUGUCGCAGUUGCUCGCCGCCUCGCAGCUUGUGAACCAGGCUACGGGUGACGCUAUGUGCGACUUGCUGUUCGUGGAGGCUCUGCUGGUCCAAAAGAACUGGAGUAUUGCUGACUGGGACGCCAUCUACAACGACCUGCCGAGUCGUCAGACGAAGGUCAAGGUCGCAGACCGCAGUGUUAUCAAAUCGGACGAGGAAGACGAUACCAAGGUGCUGGCGCCUGAGAGCCUCCGCGACGCUUUGAACGCAGCUCUGCAGGAAUACGUCAACAAACACGGCCGCGCAUUCGUCCGGCCGUCCGGCACCGAGGAUGCGGUGCGUGUUUAUGCUGAAGCGGACACGCAGCAGGACGCUGAUGCUCUCGCUCUGCAAUUCGCCAAGGUGAUUCACCAAAACUGCGGCGGCGUGGGUGUCGAACCCGCUAGUUUCGUCGCAUAGGCGUUGUGUAAGAGUGAAGGUUGCAGCAGUAGCGAAAAAAGUGCUAGUGCUGCUAAACGCUGGCGCCUUAGGCGAGAAUCGUAGUUGCAAUUGAAAUCGUACUACCUCCGCUCUGAAAAA